CUUACGUUUACAGUUUUUUGUUUUUCAUUCUCCCUCUCUCCAAGUCACUCCAGUGAAACACACACACACACUCUCUCUCUCUGCUGCUGCUUUGAGGCUCGCUACGUGCGUGUUCACAAACUAACAAGUCCCUUCUUGUCACCCACCGUCAUGGCGACUGCCGUGUCCGACACUGACUGGAUUGAAGUCGACACCGCUGACGUCUUUACGACGCGGUAUCUCGACGAGGAAACUGCCGGCGACGAUGGAGCAGACGACGACUCGCGAUCCAAUUCCUUCACAUCGCCUGCAGCUGCAGAGCCAAGCACGAAUGCAACGACUGCAAAUGCCACACAGGCAUCGCAAAGUACAGCGCAUUCGAACGCUGUCGCUGCCAUUACGCUAACGGCUGCAGCACGGCCCUCGUCCCAAACAGCAGCCUUGCCGCCGACAUCCCAUCAUGCCACCGCUGUUGCUCUCCCUUCGUCGGGAUCUUCCACAAUGUCCUCGUCGCUGGCGACAUCGCCAUCCUCGGCGAGUGAUCCGUCCAACGCAGGAUCUGCUGAAGUAUCGGCAUCCACGGCCUUGGUCACCGCCGCAGCCAUUCUCGGCGGCUUUUCCGGCUUGCACGCUGCUCUCCAUCCUACAUUCUCCAGCGUCAUUACAACAUCAACAGCAGCCAAGGCAACAGGCCCCACAUCAAUAGUCCAUCAUGGCAACCCAGGACCAGCCGCCUCGCCUAGUCAUCACAGCGCGUCGUCCCUGCGCUCCUCCCCCAUUAGCUCGCAAUCCUCAUCAAACACAUCAUUGCAUACCAUUUCGGCGCACGGCAGCUCGGGAAACAUACAAGCCACCGUCGCUGCCGCUGCGUCAACUCCGAAACACCCGGAUCCACCGCGGACUGUGCGCGAAGGCCAGCUGCGCAAGCUGGGCUACAUUUGGCGGAAUCGUUGGUUUGUCCUGACCGAGUCGACGCUCUUUUACUUUAGCUAUGGCAACCGCAAUCCGACCGACUUGAUACACCUCGAUCAGGUCACGUCGGUCUCCCUCAAGCUGGAGGAAAUUUACACCCACUGUCUCAUUGAGCUUAUCGCCAAACCAGCUACCAAGUGGGUGCUCUGUGGCGUUGACGCUGAAGAGACCGAGUCCUGGCUGAGUGCCAUCAAGCUCUGCGUUGCUGCAGCCUCCAAGCGAGCCAAGCGACGUGCCUCACGACACGCCCGCCAGUCAACGGUUCUCUCCGGCAGUGUACCUGCUUUGGCUGCAUCAACACCGGGACAGCCGUCGUCGGCAGGGACGCUGUCGUUGGCCGUCCCCGGCACCGCCGCCGCCAUGACCAAUCGCAGCAUUGGGGGUGUCGCUGGUACGACCCCCUCAAACAGCAUUGUCAUUAAAGCCGGUGCCCAGUCUGCGCGCAACCACCGAGGCGUCCGACCCAAUGACACAGACGACUCGCCGCCAACAUCCAACUCCAACUCGACCGGCACAUCUGUGGUCAAUUCGUCCGCCGUGUUUGCAGGCCGUGGAACUGGCAGCGCGCCAACGUCCAACGCAGCGACUGCCAUGGCCAUCCCCUCUUAUGCGCUUCGCCGCUACAACGAAGUUGGGCCCAUUCCUGGCAUGGCAGGCACUUCCCCGGCACACUUUGACCCCGCGUUUUGCACAACUUCAAGCACCGUAGUUUCACCGUCCAAUCACGCUGGCGGCGCACAAAGGGGCGGUUUCCCGCCUGGCAUCAUGUUGGAUGCGAGCGAAGCUGGGCAAUUCAUGUUUAGCACCAAUUCCAAUCCGCUAUCGCCGACAUCGCCGCCCAUGUCGCCUCCACAGCACGCGGUUGGGUCUUACAUGCCGCCACCCAAUCCUGGCUCGACGCCCGUCGCUGGGCCUCAUCCCGGUCUGCUUUCUGCCUCCAUGGUGGCUAGCAAGCUCAAGCCCUUCCCUUCCACGCCAGUGUUCAUCAUGGGAGGUGACGACCGAUCCGAAACGUCGUCGGUUGCUUCGCGCUCGCGCGUCAACACGGAUUUCUCUGUCGCCGGUGAUGCCGAACACCACGAUGAUCAGCAACAGCAGCACCAACAGGCCUCCAACCGCGCCGCGCUGCUGCGAUCGGAAAGCGUACUUUCGGAGGAAUCGACCUACUCUCGCCCUCCUCCGCCGCUGCCUCCAAAGACGCAGAACUUUGCAGCGCAGUUUGCCGAUGUUGAUCUGAACAGCGGCAGCACCAGCCCUCAGCCGUACCAAGAGUCGUCCCGGCACGGCGACGACGACGACACGUACUCUGUCAACUGCUUUGAGGACGACACGGGCACCAUGCGUUACGAGUAUCGCGGUACGUUUACGCCUGUCGAUCGCACGCGCUCGGACACGACAGCGACAUCGGCAACACGUGCUUCGACGGACGCAGACUCGCUCCCCCGCGCGCCAGAGGGUGACCGCGAUCUGGAAAUUGACGACUUGAUUGAAUAUGAAAUUGUCCCGCCACAGCUGGGUGUUGUCGCCAGUCCCACGACGUUUUUGGACACGCUGAACGUGUCGAUUCUCCGCGACACGAUUGCGUGCAAUCCGGACUCGCCUCUGAGUCACAUUAGCCGGUACCUCACCAACGUCGCCAACAAGGCGGUGCAUAUCGGGCAGUUGCUGGCCAACCGCCCGCCAUUUGAAAAGGUCAAUGCACCGCCGCCGCCUCCUCCGCUCGUCACGGAGCGCGGCUUGCUCGACGCCCUGCGCGAGCUUGGAGCAACACAGCAAAAGGUCGCCGACAUUGCCGACUACCGCUUUGUAUACCACGUUCUCGCUGCCGACCCGCAGCCUCGUAUUCGCGUGUGCAAUCUGCUUCAGUUCAAAGCCACCGUGGCAACGUUUGAGUGGAAGGCCUACUUUUACCUCAUGUGACGUGCAUUCCCUGUACUUUUUUUUUCUUCCCCCCCCCCGUGUUUUUUUAGUUUUUGUACUUGUAGUAAAAUCAGCUA